AUGGUGGACAAGCAUAAAUCUCAAAAGUAGAACAAUGGUUACAUUGUCACCGAAGCGAUGACAGAACUUAUGGGGUGUAUGGACAAUUAUAUUGCCAAGAAGGUAAUCAUUCAGCCUGAACUGAUACCGUUUACCUUUGAUUACAUUCCAGCAGUAGGCGAAGUGGACCCAAUGAUUAAAGUUAACGACAACCUUGGCGUUACCAUACUUGACGAGCCAGCAGUGGAACAAACUGAUCCAACAAUUUUAAAUAUGCGCUUGCGUAACCAGUCAAAAGAUACUUUUAAUUCCGACCCACCAGUUAAGAGGCUGGACAGAGCUGAGAAGAAGUCUACUGAAAUUGAUCAGUGGAUUAAUAGCAUUAAGGGUUUACACAGCAAGAAACCAUCAGAUAUAGUGCAUUAUUCAAAUCCAAUGCCAGAUAUUGAACGUCUGAUGCAGGAGUGGCCGCCGAUUAUUGAGCACCUUUUAAGUACCGAAAGCGUAGCAACGGAAUUACACGUGAAUUCUGACUGGUUGAUCAAAAAUCUCUUAAAACUCGGUUACGUUAAGCUUCCUUCGGCAUCGCUGGAUACAUCGCUGGAAGAAUAUGUCGACAUCUGUUUGUUGUUUUUUGACAUACCAGUACGAAAAUCUCGAAUUCAGUCUUUGCAUGUUUUGUUUACACUGCUUUCGGAGUUUCGGAAUUCGCAACACUUUCGAAACCUUGCCGAAAACAAUCAAAUUAAAACCGUUCCAAGUACACACGUAACGGAUCGAUUAGAGUUAUAG